UCUCUCCUUUUCCGAACUGUCAUCGGUCAAGAUGCGCGGUCUCACCAUGCUGCGAGCUGUUUCGCACCUGUCCGUUCUCCUUCUCCUCCUUCUCGUCUCGGUGCCUGCUCAGGCCUUGAGCACCGAAUCCGACCUGCUCAACUCCGACUCCUUCUCCACGUCGACGUCCUCAUCAAUGUGGCUCGUCGAGUUCUUCAGCCCGUACUGCCCGCACUGCAAGCGCUUCAAACCGACAUGGGAGAACCUCGUCUCGCUGCAUGGCCAUCUGGCCGACAGCAGUGGCUUCAACUUUGCGCGGGUCAACUGCAUCGAGCAGGGAGACCUUUGCAACAAAGAGGCCAUCAAGGGAUAUCCGACAAUUAUGCUGUAUCGAGACGGACAAGUGCAUAAAGAGUUCCAAGGGGACCGCACUUUCGAGCGGCUGUCUGAAUUCAUCCUGGCCAAUGCUGCAGACUACCGCACAUAUAAGCACGAGCAAAAGGAGGCAGCAGCAGCAGCAGCAGCGGCGGCGGCGGCGGCGCCUGCCGGUGGCGCGCCACUCCGCUGACCGAAUCAUAUAUACCAGGCAACAAUAGACUCUUCAAUAGACACUCAUUCAUGUGGACUUGUCCUUUC